UUAGGCAGGCCCUAGCUGCGUGCAGCCGAUCUCCAUUCAAACUGUUUGAGAAUUUGGACCAUCUGACAUACCCAUCUCAGCCCAAAUCUCCUAUCGUUUUAUUCAGUACGUGCUUUGUUUUGCAUUAAGCAGGCGCUGUUUCGCGAGCUCAGCGCUGCCUUUGAACAAUUAAUCGCGCUCCGCACGGCGGUCUUCUGCCCGGAAGCCCAAGCUCUCCGAGCCCCGCCACAGCUUUCCACCUUUCCUCGACAACUCGCAUUUGCGACCGCAGCUGGCCUCGAGCCGCGUCAUCAUGUCGUUCAAGGUGAAAGCGCUUUAUGACUACGCGUCCGGUCACGAGGACGACCUCAGUUUCAGCGUCGGGCAGAUCAUCACCGUUACCGAUGAGGAAGACGCCGACUGGUAUGGAGGGGAGUAUGUCGACGAGUCUGGCACGCGCCACGAAGGCAUCUUCCCCCGUAACUUCGUCGAGAAAUACGAGCCCACUGCGCCGCCCCGGCCGACGAGGGCGCGACCCAAGAGGGAGUCGGAGCCUGCUCUAGCUCCUGGCCCCGAGGCUGCUGCCCCUCCCCCUCCCGUGGCCCCGCCCGAGUCUCCGAAGCACGCCGGCCCGGAGCCGGAGGAGAACCCAGAGCCCGUGACAGUCGCUUCUCCUUCCGAGACCGUUUCUGCUGCACCCCCUGUGCCAGCGGCUGCUCCGGCACCUCUAGCCCCAAAACCGGCUGAGUCGGCGCAGCCUCCUGCUCCCGCCCCCGCUCCUGCGCCUCCCGCCCCACAGCCCGCCGAAGCCCCGUCUGUGAGCUCACCGCCUGCGCCCAAACCCGCUUCCCCGCCUCCCAAGCCCAGCGGGCCGCCGCCGGCGCCGGAGAAACCGACUAGCUCCUCAUUCAAGGACCGCAUCGCUGCCUUCAACAAGGCCGCCGCGCCGCCGGUCACUCCGUUCAAGCCAACCAACUUGAGCUCGGGCAGCUCCGGGUUCAUCAAGAAGCCUUUUGUCGCCCCCCCGCCCAGCAGAAAUGCGUACGUUCCGCCGCCGACCAAAGCUCCCGUGGCGAAGGUUUACCGCCGCGAUGAGGAUCCGGAAGUAAAGGAGCAAGAGGCCGAGGCUCUUGAAAACGCUGAGAAGGCGGGGCUUGUGCCCGCCGCUUCCACCAAUGAAGGCCAGGGUGGUGAUGAUCAGCCCAAGCCGAUGAGUCUGAAAGAGCGAGUGGCCCUGCUGCAGAAACAGCAGAUGGAGGCCGCUGCGCGGCAUGCUGAGGCAGCGGCCAAGAAGGAAAAGCCCAAGCGGCCUCCCAAGCAGCGCUUUGACAGUCAGAACUCCGGAGACGGUGAGCCAGCGGAGCGAACCGAGGAGACGAGCAGAACGUCUACGGACGAAACUCACCCGCCGCGCCUGCCAAAUCCUCCUAGACGCAGAUCCUCUAAGGGCACCGAGCCCCGCGACGGAAAUGAGGCGGAUAUGUCUGGAGCUGGUGACACAACCGAGGGCCAGGAGGAUCUCACUGAAAAGGAGGAUAGCGAUGGCCGAGGCAAACACGUUGCAACAGUGCCGAAGCAGGAAGAGAGCGAGAAGGAUGAGGAAGACGACGAGGACGAAGAGGAGGAGGAGGAAGACGUUGAUCCUGAGAUCCGGCGCAGGGAGGAGCUGCGCGCAAGGAUGGCCAGAAUGGCUGGCGGUAUGGGCAUGCCCGGUAUGGGCAUGCCUCUGUUCGGUACUCCUGCCCCGGUGCUGCCAAAGAAGAAAAAGGCUGCUCCGGAGAAGCGAGCGGAAGAGGCUGAGGAGUCUGCAGAGCCGGCUGUGCGCGCAGCUCCUGUCCCUCUGCCCGGGCUGAUGCGACCUCCGCCGCCUCCGGAGCCACAACAUCCUGAGCCGGAAGCUGAGGGAGAGGAAGAGGAAGAGGAGUCGCGCCAGAAGACUCCGCAUCAGGAGUUGGCCCCUCCUCUACCUAUUACUGCUGAACGCGGAGCCCCUCCCCCCAUUCCUGGCGGACGACCGGCUCCGCCCCCGGUGCCUACGGAUUCACGUCCGCCGCCACCGCUGCCUCCAUCUGCCCCUGAGCUCAAGUCCCCGAGCGAAGGAUCGGCAUCGGACGACGAACUCGGCGAGUCUGAUGCUACAAGAGGUGAUAUGGCCCAGGCUACGAGGGCCCCUCCGCCGCCGCCGCCCGUGGCCGCCGCUGCGCCGCCGAUUCCGCCGACAUCACCCCGUGCUUCCGAAGACAGGCGUGCAUCUUACGUUGAGGAGACCUCUCCUACCUCCCCACGGGCACCCGCACAGAGCAAGCGCAACAGCAGGCCGCCGCCGCCCAUUCCGAGCUCCCCUCCCCCCAUGCAGACAAGACCUCCUCCCCCGCCCCCGUCCGCUGCGCCACCGCUGCGUCGGGUCUCCACUGGCGAACCUAGAUCACCUCCGCCGGUGCCGGUAAUGCGGAGGGAUAACGAUGACGACGGAGAGGAGGAGAUUACCGAGUACGAGGGUGACUACGACACGGACAUCGCGUCCUCGGUUCCUCACAAGGAUGCGCUCAAAGCCCACCAGCGUGAUUCGAGCUUUGAGGAUGUCAUGUCUCCGCGGUCCCCGACUACCGAGGCGCCUCCUGUGCCCCUCGCCUCUCCACCCAGAGCAGGCCCGCCGCCCAUUCCUGGCCAGCCCCAACCGGCGACCAGGGGUUCUGUGGAUAUGCCCCGGACAGCGCCACCACCUCCUCCGCCUCCCAAGGAGAGCUCCCGGCAUGACGACGAUUAUGAUCCCUACAACUACGCCGCGCCUUCGCAAGGUGUUCCCUCAGUGCCCUUAUACCCCACGCCCACCCCCCCAGCGCACCCGAGGCAGCAGGAAGAGAUGUUUGGUCAUGAGAGUCCCUCAUACAGUGCCUCUCAGAUCCCGAGGUCUCCUCCACCCCCUCCGCCGCCGGGCCGGGGUCCUACACGGCAGUCAGUUGAUCUCCAGCGUGCCGGUGUUGGCCGGCGGUCAGUGGACGUCGCACGCCCAUCAAUGGAGUCUGGCUUCGUCGCUAAUGACAUCGACCUGGCCGGCCAGUCGGGCUGGUGGCUGCAGCCCAACGGCCUCCCCCCGCAGCUCCACGGACGCAAAGAUAUCUUCUUCGAGUCCGAGGAGUCCACCGCGGCCGACCCGCACCAGGGCGGCGGCAAGACCAUCGUCACACGCGACAUAUACGUUCUCUUCCAGGACUACUCCCAGACGGUCAUCACCGUCCGCUUCAACCCGCGCGACCCGUCGGAUGUCCACCUCGAGCAGCGCCACGAACCGCCCCCGCGCGCCCUGCGCCAGGACCAGCUCGAGCAGAGCUACGAGCGCUUCGGCCGCGCCAUCGGCGAGGCCGCCGCCGCGAAGAAGGACACGGUCGUCGGUGACGGCACGCCGCAGGCGCUCGUGUAUGAGCUGCUGCGCCCCUUCCAGGACGCCCUCCUCCCCGUGGGCACGCGCGCCUAUGGCGCGCUGGUGUACAGCAACCUCGCGAACGCUAGCACGACGCAAAACGACGAGAUCCGCCCGGGGGAUAUCGUCAGUAUUCGCAAUGCUAAGUUCCAGGGCAAGCACGGGGCCAUGCACGCCAAGUAUACCAUGGAGGUCGGGAAGCCAGACCAUGUCGGUGUCGUGGCCGAGUGGGAUGGUACGAAGAAGAAGGUGCGUGCGUGGGAGCAGGGGAGAGAGUCUAAGAAGGUGAAGCUUGAGAGUUUCAAGCUCGAUGAUCUACGGUCGGGCGAGGUCAAGGUGUGGCGCGUCAUGCCGAGGAGCUGGAUCGGCUGGGAGGGUGCCGGUGCCGGUUCUUCUGGGGGUGGAAGCGGUGGUGUCGCCGGCGGUGGUGGGAAUGGGAACUAGGAGGCCCUGCUGGGCUUGCACAUGAGUAAUGUGAGAGGACUCGGGUUUGGCGGCGGUGUUUUGGUUGGGGUGUUGGUUCGCGUGGUUAUGGCUCAGGCUGUUGCUGUUGGGAGGUGAGUUGCUCGGUUUUGUAGGGGAGGUAGUAGUCUUGUUGUGAUGGAGUAAGUGUUGGCUGGUGGGUUGGUUGGUUUGGCGGGCGAGCUAAGCAAAGCAAAGGGAGAGUAGAAAAACUGAAGCAGAAACAGGGCAGAGCAUGGCAUUCCCUUAACCUCUAUCCAGAGAACUGAAGGGAACAGCCUUUUUAUCAGUCAGUCAGUCAGUUCAGUCAGGCAUACACCACACCACACCACCACUCUACAAGGCGCUGCUUGAUUUAUCUAGUUUACCUUAAGUCAUUGCAUUGCGUUACUUACUUUUGCUGUUCUAUUUAACUGUAUGCCUGCGGACUGGAACCGUAAGGAUUGUG